CUUGGGUUUGUAGAAUUUGUCAAUAAUCACCAACACGUAACGGGAUACAGGGAGCAGUUGGGUUCUGACAGCCAUUGUUUGUGUACGGAGCGAGGUGUUUAAGCCACAAACAUGCUGGGAACUAAAGCAGCAACCACCAUAGGACCUGAAUCAUGGAGAAACAAUACGUUGAAAGGGAUAAAAAUAUCUCAAACAAUCGUUCAAAAGAGUGACAAAAGUUGUGAUGUUGGAAGGGCAUUAGACCCUCUCCCUCAUCUUCGGGAUACAGUUGCUCAGUUGAGCAACGAUGAAAUUCACAGAUAUACAAGAGAAGUUAGAAUUGUGGUAGCCAGGCUUAGGGAGAGUCUUUUGGACACAAAUGAAGAAAUUAAAGCUCUCUCGAGAGGAAAAGAGGCACUUGAAAAAUCCUUGGAGCACACCAGAAAAGAUAUCAGAUUGAACAAAGACAGUCAAGAUAUUAGAGUAUCCAGACCUUCAAAGGAAAGGGAACAUGAUGGGGCUGAUGAUUUGCUCAAUGCUGAGCGAGCUCAUCUUUUAAACUGUAAAAAGGCACUAGAGGCACAGCUGAAAUCUGUUCAACAACAACUUCAGGUACUAGAUGCUGCUCGUCGUCGCCUCUUUGCCACUCUACAGGAGCGUUCACGUGUGCUGGACCUACUGAACCAUGCCCUGUCCUCCAUCAGUAACACCUCAGUCAGUAUGGCAGGUCCAGGGGGCCUCCACCGUAGUAAAACUUCCUUGGAUGGACGUCUGUCUCGUCUGGCUCUGGCCACAACCCAGGCUGACCCUCUAGGGCCCUUCACACCUGAGGCUGAUCAGGCCCUGUUGGAUGCUGAAGAGGCAAGGUCCAGGAGUGGCUACCUUAGGAAAGAGCUGAAGGAAGCAAUUGAAAGAACCGAGAAACUAAAGGAAGCUGCUCACAAGUCUGUCAAUGAUGGCAUCACACAGAAACUCUCUGAGACCAUCACACUGAAACAACAUCUGGGAGUUACUCUUGGAGAGAACAGACAUGGAAUCCACAGGGCUCAGCGCUGGUAUGAUGCUACAGAGAAGGCCAGGGGAUACACACUGGGACCAGUGACCAGUGCUGAUUUGACCACCAGAGAGAGACUUGACCGCCCACUUGUGAGGGUGUUCCAACGACAUCCUGGCACACAACUGCCAGAGGCUCAGGAGGUCAUCAAGAAUGGCGGUGGUUUGCUCCAGUCACUGACAGCUACCAGUAGGAACAUAGGAUUGCUCAAUUUGGCUAAUAUCAAACUCCGUGAGGACAUCAAGAGCAAAGGUGCUGCAUCAUCUGUAGACGCCAGCAUCAUACGACUCCGACGCAGGAGAGGUGAUCACAGAUGGACCUUAGGAGCUGCAUUCUAAUUCCAUAUACUGCAUGUUUGCUGUGAACAUUGAGUAUUAAACAGGUUCAAGGUGUCCACGAUAGGAUGAUAUCAUCAGGAUAGAAACCACACCAUUCUUACAGUUUAUCUAGUCUGUUACCAACAGCUUCAAACAAUACCUUUUUUUUAUUCAUAAAUGAAUAAUUGCCAGAAAUAUUCUACAACUUUUUUGUGUGUUUUGUGUUCAAACUGUUCUCCAGGAAUGAUGCUGAAUGUUGGUGUGAGUGUGAGGGAGAGAAAAUGAGAUUUACAAAUCUAGUUGUAGAAAAUGGAAAAAAAAAAUUGUAGAAUUUUUUUGGCUGUUGAUAAGAACUGGAUUGAAUGAUUUACAAUUCUGUUUGAUAAUUUAGUGGAUGACUUAAAACCUUGACCUUCUGUUAUUAAGUAUUAAAACAUUUGAUAUAUUGUUCGUGUUUUGUUAUGGGUAUGCCAAUAGACUUGGUAUAUGUUGUAUUCUUAGUGAAAAUAAAUUAUUUUUAAAACUACAAAAAACAUGCAAGAUUGCAAAGUGUAUUGAUAUUGUCUGACUUCCAUUUAUGUGGAAGCUUGCAUGUUUACACACUAAUUAUAAUAUGCAUCAUGUAUUUUUCUGAAACAAUUCUGCUGAUGAAUAACAGCAAGCAUAAGUAAC